CUUAAUCUCAGGGUCCUGGGUUCAUGCCCCACGUUGGGUGCCAUGUGUACUCAGAGGGUUCAUAUUAAGAUAUCUUUAUCCAAAUAAUACAGGCCAAGCACAAGCCAGAGCGUGCCCAGAGGUAGCAAGCUAGGGAGGCCAGAGAGAGAGCUCCCACAUGUCCCCACAAGUCAUCCUGAACCUUCCCUGACCACGCCCUGACAGGCUUUGUUAAGCACACCUGUAGCCAGCCCUUAGGAAGCAUGGUUACUGUGUCUCCCUACAGUGACCCAUCAUCAAAGUCCUCGGAGAUCAAAUGGAAAUCUGGAAAGGAUUUGUCAAAACGCUUAAGUCAAACUCAGAAUAAGGCCAGCAGGAAGAGGCGGCACAAAGAGCCACAGAGCUUCUUUACCUGGUUUACUGACCAUUCUGAUGCAGGUGAAGAUGAGUUAGGAGAGGUUAUCAAAGAUGACAUUUGGUCAAAACCCUUGCAGUACUAUUUUGUUCCUGAUAUGGAUGAUGAAGAAGGAGAGGCAGAAGAUGAUGAUGAAGAUGAUGAUGAUGAUAAUAAGGAGGAGGAGGAGGAGGAGGAGGAGGAGGAAGGCUUGGAAGAUAUUGUCAAAGAAGGGGAUGAAGAUGAAUGUGAAGAAGAUGAAGAUGAUGACUAAGGGGAAGAAGGAGAGGAAGAUGAAGGUGAGGAUGACUAGCACAGAAGACUGGUGGAUUCCAACCAUCUUAUUUAUUUUCUUUUAUUUUCAAUUUUCUCCAGUCCCUGCGAGCAAGUUGCAGUCAUUUCCCUCCCCUCCCCAAUCCCUCUU